AUGUCCUGUCCUUUAUUGUUUGCUCAGUCACCUGAAGGUUUAUUCUUUAAACCUUCUGUGGGUACUGCUACACCAAGUACUCCAGAAAUUGCUAUUUCUGUCUCAAAAUAUGAUUCUACUGUAAGAGUUGUCGAUACUGAACAAUUCCCAGUUCAAGGUAAUAUUACUAAGAUUGCCGCAUUAUUAGGUUUCAUUCAAUUGAAAUUAAAUAAAUAUGCUAUUAUUGCUAAUACUGUUGAAGAGACAGGUAAACUUGCAGGCCAUACUUUAUACAAGAUUAUUCAACAUUCUAUUGUCCCUGUAUCAACAAAUCAAGUUGUAGAUUCUGAUGAAGCUUCAUAUCUUUCAUUAUUAGAGACUCAAUUAACUAAUGCAACUUUAUUUUUCUCUUAUACUUAUGAUUUGACAAAUUCUUUACAACGUAAUGAAAAGAUUGGUAAUAAUUCAACAAAUACUUUUAAUUGGAAACAAUGUGAUACAAGAUUCUUUUGGAAUCAUUAUUUAUCUCAAGAACUUAGAGAAUUAACUGUUCAAGAACCUCGUGUUGAUAGAUUUAUUCAACCAAUUAUUUAUGGUUAUGCUAAAUGUGUUGAAACUAUAUUGGCUCAAACUCCAAUCUCUUUAGCUUUAAUCACUAGACGUAGUAGAUUUAGAGCUGGGACAAGAUAUUUCCGUCGUGGUAUUGAUGAUGAUGGGAAUGUUGCUAAUUUUAAUGAAACUGAACAAGUAUUAAUUACUUGGCCAACAGGUACAUCUGAACAUCAAAUAUUUUCAUUAUUGCAAACAAGAGGUUCCGUACCUGUUUAUUGGGCAGAAAUUAAUAAUUUGAAAUAUAAACCAAAUUUAGUCCUUGGUGAAAAUUCUAUUGAUUCAACAAAGAAACAUUUUGAUCAACAAAUAUCUUUAUAUGGUAGAAAUUAUUUAGUUUCUUUAGUUAAUCAAAAGGGUUAUGAAUUACCAGUUAAAGAAGCAUAUGAAAAUAUUGUUAGACAACUUGAUAAUCCUGAUGUCCUUUACAAUUAUUUUGAUUUCCAUCAUGAAUGUCGUCAUAUGAAAUGGCAUAGAGUUAAACUUCUAAUCGAACAAUUACAAGAUGCAGGUUUGAAAAAUACUGAUUGUUUUCAUAAGAUUGUAGAUUCACAAGGUCAGACAUUAAAAAUUGUCUCUGAACAAAAUAGUGUCGUUAGAACCAACUGUAUGGAUUGUCUAGAUAGAACUAAUGUUGUUCAAUCUGUUUUGGCUCAUUGGGUAUUACAAAGAGAAUUACAAACUGCAAACGUUCUAAAGGAUGAAAAUGAUCUAUGGGAAUCCGAUAAGAAGCUAUUAUCUUUAUUCCAAAACUUAUGGGCUGAUAAUGCCGAUGCAGUGAGUUUCUCUUAUUCUGGUACUGGUGCUUUAAAGACUGACUUCACAAGAACGGGCAAACGUACAAAAGCUGGUGCAUUUAACGAUUUUGUUAACUCAGCUUCUCGUUAUUACCAAAAUAAUUUAACAGAUGGUCCAAGACAAGAUUCUUAUGAUUUAUUUUUAGGUAAUUUCCAACCAACCACUUCCUCAUUGGGUAGAUCUCCAUUCUCAGAUAAUAGACCAAGUUAUAUUCAAACUUUACCAACUAUAAUUUAUGCUGCUUUAACUGUCUUUGGUGCUACAAUUUUCUUCCCAAAAUACCAUUUCACAAGUUUCAAGAAUUUAAUGUUUUUCUUAACUGCUACCAUUGUAUUAACAUUAUCAGGUAAAUUUGUCAUUAAGAAUGGUAUGCAAUUUGUUAACUGGCCAGAUUUAGUUCAAUUGAAAUUCUUAACUACCGAAUCAACUUCCACAAAGGACAAAAAGGAUAAAGAUGUCAAGUAUUUACCAAGUCCAUCCUACUAUAAACCAAACAACCAAAGAAAAUCAGAUUGA